UAUGGAACCAAGUUAUAGAUGUAAAUUACCACCUAAUACACUUCCCAAUGAAAGUAUACCCAUAUCCGAAGAUGGUAAUGGAUUGGACAAGUGUUCAGUCUAUACGAAUUAUAGUAACGCAGAUUUGACCAAUAAAACUGAAAAGUGCCCUAAUGGAACAUCUUUCAGCGGAUCAGUUUUUUCUAUUGUAAAUGAGUGGGAUUUAACCUGUGAUAAGGCCUAUUUGGUUGAAUUGUCACAAACUAUAUUAGUGGUUGGCGUAAUUGUUGGAGCGAUGCUCUGCUCGAGUCUCAGCGAUAGAUUUGGGAGGAAAGUCGUCUUUCUUUCAUCCAUGUUAGCUGAAUCGGUACUUGGAUGCCUUGUAACAUUUAUGCCCAACUAUUACUCUUUCGCAGUUGUAAGAUUCUUUAUUGGAGUCGUCCAACAAGGAAUGGUAGUUGCCGGGUUCGUUUAUCUUUGCGAAAUAUUUCCAGCCUCAAAAAGGACCAUACCAGCUCUCUUUAUGCAGAUUUUUUGGGCCAUUGCCAUAUGUGUUCUAUCUUUAAUUGGAUAUUCAGAAAGAAAUUGGAAAAAUUUCAUGUACAUCAUUAGUGUGCCGUUAUGCGUUGCUCUUCCAUUAUUUUGGUUCCUACCGAGUAGUUUGCCUUGGUUAGUUGCGAAGAAGAGGUACGAGCAAAUUCAAAAUUACGUCAACAAGGUUGAAAAAUAUAAUAGGAUAGCAUUGCCGGAAGAUCUGCAAAACGUUAGGAAAUCUUAUGAGGGUAAAGGAAAUGAGGCUCUCAUUAAGGGUGGUGAUGAUUCUUCAAACUAUACAAUAUUGGAUUUAUUUAAAUCUAGCAAAUUGAGAUUAAACUGUCUUAUCAUGUGUUAUAUAUGGUGCGUAAAUUCUUUGGUUUAUUACGGAUUAUCGUUAAGUACUUCGAGCUUGGCCGGUGAUCCUUACCUGAAUUUUUUCCUCUCCGGUUUGGUUGAGAUACCUGCUUAUAUAGUAUCGGCAUUUGCCCUUCAAUACUUCGGACGACGCUGGCCAAUUUGUAUAUUUCACACAAUAGCUGGAAUGUCUCUUCUCAUUGCCAUAUUCCUACCCGGAGGUAGAGCUGAGACUGUUCUGUCCAUGAUAGGAAAGUUUGGAAUAACAGGAUCUUUCGGCUGUAUAUUCCUUUGGACACCGGAAAUAGUUCCUACUACACUUCGAAGUCAGGGAAUAGGUAUUGCCUCCGUAGGCGGUAGAGCAGGGAAUAUUGUAGCUCCAUUUUCUUCCUACGUUGUUAAAGUUAUACCAUGGCUACCAGGAGUUAUCUUUGGCGGCAUGUCCCUAGUAGCAGCUGUUUUAACGCUAUUCUUACCUGAAACUCUAAACAGACCACUUCCUCAGACGAUAGAAGAGGUUGAGGGAUGGACAAGAACUUUAACAAAAGAAGAAAAGAUGAAAGCAAAAGCUAGGGAAUUAGGUAGGAAUGAGGAAGAAAUGAAAGAAUUUCAAAAGCCAAUAGAUACCUAA